UUAACCUAAAGCCGGGGUUUCUAUUGAAUUUGUCGACGAAGUUUCGACAAAUGGCCCUUGAUUAUUUUCAUAGAAGAUUUUCCAUUACUUAUCGCUUCUGCUUCGCAACCUGUAGACUCUGCAACUGAGCGAGCUUUUCUCCCCCUGGAAGAUUACUGAAUUCCCGAAAGCCCGAGAGGGCCUAAGGUAAGCACUUCUCUCUCGUUCUAGACCUUGAGAAGGCUCUUAUAUCUUUUCUUAAAUUUAUUCACCGUGACGAUGAAGAUUUCAGUCCUCAGGCACUGAUAAGGGUAGAUUAUAGAUAACAAGAAGUUCUUGGCAUAAAUUAAUGUUAGCUCUCUCAAGAGAUAUUCCAGCGAACACAAAGACUGGGAUUAACUCUGUCUUAUGGUCUCCUAUAGAGAAGACUUUCGCGUAUACCCAUUGAUACAUAACGAUGAUGACCCAGUUAACCACAUUUCUCUGAUGACCAGAAACCCUAUUGUUAAAAUUACAUAUCUUAUCAAUUCCAAGCGGGUGAAAGGUUCAGGACAUCUAGGAUUGAUUUUCAAUAGCAUCAAUCCAUGUAAUUGGUUGGUUGCUUGCUUGCUUUAUAUCUGCCGAAAUGUACAUUUAUUUCUGUGAUUGUCUCCAGAACAGCUUCCUGUCUUACAAAGAAGCUUUCAUGGCAUUCACCAUGAGUUUGACCUCUUCAAGCCUCAUGAACUACAGCCUAACUCCAAGAAUAACAGUCUCACUUGGGAGGUGCAGAGCAAUGAAUUCAAGAUCCUCACUUGGGUAUCUCAGUAUCCAAGCGGUACAAGACAACCAGGGGCCAAGGAGGCUUGUUGAUAUAAUACGGUUAGUGCCUGAGCUCUCAAGGAACUAUUUUAGAAGUCCAUCUCGGAGGGCAUUGUUUGGUGGGAUCUCUUUACUUGGUGGGUUUUAUGUAGCACAGACCAUCUCUCUCUCAUUUGGAGCUUUAGGAGUGAACGAUGUGAUUGCUGCUGUGCUGUGUGUUCUACUUACAGAGUAUGUAACUAGGUUCUAUUACAGCCGGCCGAAGGUAACGUUUCCCCUCGCUCUCCUGAACAAUUUUAAGAUGGGUUUUACCUAUGGCCUCUUCAUAGAUGCCUUUAAGCUUGCUAGUUGAUUCAGAAAGCCUCAACAAACAAUAUCAGUUGUCUAUCUACCUUAUCUAAAAAUGCAGAGAGAGUUUAUCCUGAUUCUCACUACUCUGGGAGGAUUAAAUCUCUUGAUUGUAUCCUGUCAAAGAGAAAACUUUCUAUUUGAUUCCUUUCUGCAUUUAGUCUUGCAUUUCGAUCCAAUGCAUUCUUUUUCUGCACAUUCCUGAUCUAUCUUUCAUCGUUCUUUAUAAAUACUUGCAAAAAUGAUUUCAGUAUCUGGCACACAGAUUUCUUUGUUCUCUUAUUUGAGACAUUGGUGCGAUGGAACAGUAACAAGUCCCUAACUCUCUCUAACGAAACAUUCAAGCUUUAGUGGCAUUUACCUGUUUUGGACCUUUGUUUUGCACAUGAUGAUGGCUAUUCUGAUAAGUUCUACAAAAUGAGAAACCAGACAUUAGUCCUGAAUUUUCUCUUGUUCAGUACAACAACAAUGUGAGCUUUUAUUGAAGUAAAAUUAUAUUGGUGUCUGGUCAUCAAAACAUGGAAGAAAAGCCCGUUGUACCUGGAAGCCUUUCUUGUUAUGGACUUAACAGUGAAUCUGCACUGGAUUUGUCUUGCAGUCCGAAAAUGAUGAUACAGCUUUGGUUACUGUAGAAUUCUACUUCCUCUGGAAUCUCUUAUGAUGCUUCUAUGUAGACUUUGUCCAACAAUAUGAAUCAAAAUGUAACAAAUACUAUAAAGGAGAUAUUUUUCUAAUUAUCUUUCAUGAAUAAUUUUCCUUUGUGCA